AUGGAGGGCACAAGAAAUGGCAGGGAGUAUCGACAAGAGAUUGAAAACACAACAAAUGUAAGAAAAAGAAAAGCAGAAAAGCACGUGAAUGAAGCAUACUUAAUCGAUCCAGACUGCUCCAAACGAUAUGAAGAAUGGAGAGAAGAGGACGACCAAAAUAUGCUGCCAUUCAAUAUCCUGGCAAAAUGCGCAGCAAAAGAGUUAAAACAUUUAACCAAAAAUAAGCCUAAGAAAGGAUAUAAGUCAGACGGAAUGAGCACCAUGUCUGAAAAAGACAGCGAUAUUGAGGAUAUAGAAUUUCCUUACAGUAUUUCUGGCGAUAAAAAAUUAUAUAGAUGCACUUUUGAAGGGUGCGGAAAAGAAUUCCCUUCCUUAAGUCGGAUGAGAAGACAUUACAUAAUUCACACCGGUGCUAAGCCUUUUAAAUGUUUGAAUGCAAAAUGCACAAAAUCAUUUUCUAGAAGAGACAAUAUGAUACAGCACUAUAAAGGCCACUGUACACAUACAAAAAUGUAA